AUGGCAGCCACAGUUUUGGGAAAGCGGCAGCGAACCGCCAUCGACCUUGAAGAAUCUCUCCCUCUUCGCUCUGGGAGCAAGCGCCGAGCACGAACACCUCACAUUCACGAGGAAGACACUCAGUCAUCCUUUCGCCUCAGAUCCAGGGCUGUUGUUAUUGACAGCUGCGACCCGCCGCACGGUAACCACAUCAACGCCGAAAAUUUAACCGUCGGUAAUGGUCGUCCGAAACGUAAUGUUCGAAACAGCAAUAAUACCUUAUCGUCACCAUCUAAAUAUGACACGCACCUUACAUCCACAAAAGCGCUCGAUGCUAAUCAAGGAACAGCCGAAAAUGUCCCUGUGCCUGAAUUUCGAACUCCUCAGUCAAAGCGAUUUCGUGAUGCGCUCGCCAACUCUCCUCCAGUCACGCCUAAGCACCGUGUGCAAAUUGUGGGAAAGUCCUUAACACCUCGCACACCUUGGAAUGCAGGAACUCCAGCAACCAACACCACAGUCUACACUCCGGCUAGGCAAAUGUUUGCACGGAGUGCCAAUCCUGGUCGAUUGAUUGGCAGGGACAAGGAGCGUGCCGAGCUUUCAUCAUUCAUUGAAAAUGGGAUGCGAUCACGGAAAGGAGGUUGCAUCUAUGUUAGCGGGCCGCCUGGAACCGGCAAAAGCGCAAUGAUCGAGGAAGUGUGUCAGGACUUGAAUGUGGCUUCGGUUGUCAAAUCUGCACACGUCAACUGCGUAAGCAUGCGCGUUGCACGAGACAUCUACGGAAAAUUAGUCGAGACUUUAUGCGAAGAAUCGGAUGUUUUCUCUAUGAGCGAGACAGAGAAACUCAAUUCGAUGUUUGUGUCUGCGAACAAGUCUGCAGACUUGUAUCUAGUGACAUUGGACGAGAUUGACCAUCUCCUCACGGCUGACCCAGAGGUUCUUUACUCACUCUUUGAAUGGUCUCUGAACAACAAGUCACGUCUACUCUUGAUUGGUAUUGCCAAUGCACUGGAUCUCACGGAUCGAUUCUUACCCCGUCUGAAGGCGAACAACUUGAAGCCAAUCCUACUUCCGUUUCUGCCUUACAGCGCGGCUCAGAUUGCCAAUGUUAUCACAACUCGCUUGCGAUCAUUGCUACCCGAAUCUGAUGCCAACAGCCGCGGUGACUAUAUUCCUUUCGUCCAGCCUGCAGCUGUACAAUUAUGUGCAAAGAAAGUCGCUUCUCAAACAGGGGACUUGCGAAAAGCCUUUGACCUGGUGAAACGCGCCAUUGAUGUCAUUGAGCAGGAAACUCAGUCGAAACUGGAGAAAGAAAAUAUUGUCCUUGAAAGCCCGUCAAAGAAUGCUCUUGCAGAAAACGCCAAUCUCUCGUCACCCCCCAAAACACCCGCUUCCAAGCGCACUCUAGCAGAUGCGUAUACUGCUCUUACUGCCCCGAGAGCGUCAAUUGCGCAUGUUGCUCGUAUUACCGCGGCAGUAUUUGGCCAGGGCACUACUCAGCGCUUACAGGGACUAAACCUCCAACAAAAGGCGGCCUUGUGUACUCUAGUAGCGCUCGAUCGAAAGCGACGCAGUGGAGAAAUCUACUCGACGCCAUCCAAGUCCAGAGCGAACGCACCUACCGUGCGGGAGCUUUUUGACACAUAUUGCUCGUUAUGUCGGUCUGACAACGUGCUUCAUCCGCUCACUGCGACAGAGUUCAAGGAUGUUGUUGGCAGUCUAGAAACUCUAGGACUAGUAGGAGAGUUUCAAGGUCGCGGUCGAGGCGGCACCAUCGCGGGCGGAUCAGGGAUCCUUCGUACGCCGUCUAAGAGUGGAAACAGCGCCUCGACUCCUUCUAGAGGAAGCGAUGAAAAGGGUCUCGCUUGUUUUGUGACGGAAAAAGAAAUUAUCAGCCAGAUUGCUGGACCUGGGGAAGGGGUUCUUAAAGCUUUGCUCGCAGGUAACUGUUUAUAG